UCCUCUCUCACGCAAUAAGAAAGAAGCCAAUACGUCACAGGCAUAACGGUCUCUCCGCCUUCAAAGCCAACCCCAAACCAAACAAAAACAAAAAAACAAAAAACAAAAAACCCUUCAUUUCUUCACUCUCUCUUCUCUGCAACUCCCAAGCUAAAACCCUAACCAGUCACCACUGUGCAUUGCAUUGCUGCAGACAUUCCUCACAGCUAACUCUGCAAAACGACACCGUCAUCACAAUUUUGGGAAAUUUUUUGUUCUUCUUUUUCUAUUAUAUUCCGUGUGCUUAAGCUUGAAUAAUUGCAGUGGUAGCAGUAGAGAAUGAAGAUUUUGAAUCUGAUAGAGAGGCGGUGUUUGGCUCCGCUCAAGCGAGACGACGUCGUUCGUGUGAGUGAUGCGCGGUCCUUCACCAACCACCAGUCGUACAAGAAACUCCCUCAGCUUCCGCUCCUCAAGCUCUCCGUUCUCAAGCUCGAUGGCUCUGUUUUCGAAAUUCAUGUUGGGAGGACUGCUACAAUAGCAGAGCUCAAACAAGCAGUAGAAGAGUUUUUUGGUUUGUUGGAAGGCAAGAUUCCAUGGUCACUAGUUUGGGGGCAUUUCUGCUUGUGCUAUGUAGGUCAGAAGCUAACCAAUGAGAAGGCGUACAUUCGGAACUUUGGAAUCAAGGAUGGAGAUCAACUUCAGUUCAUUAGGCAUAUGUCCAUCAGCAACUCACCAUUAAAAAGACAGUCCAAGAGUGAGAGUGUUCCUGAUAAACAGCAGUCAACGUUGACAUAUGGAUCAAAUGGACACAAGGAUGAAGAAGAGAGUGGUUUGGAGGGUUCUGAAAACAAUGCAGUUCAUGAGGACAACUCCAAUGAAGAUCUGGAGGAAGGCCCUGUGCCUCAAUUCAAGGUGGUUAACUACUUGAGUGGGUGGCUCUCAUGCUCCAAGGUCAUGGGGGGUCUCAAAAAAGGGAUCCGAAGGCAGGGUCCAUCCAUCGAAAUCCAGGCUAUUAGGAAGCUGAUCUAGAAGGGUGCAACUGUAGGGUAAUUCGCACAGAAUCCACUUGGAAAGUUUGACUUGCUAUGGCCUGUCCGAGCUAGGAUGUUUAAUUUGGCUUACAUUUUGUGUUUGUGAAGCUAUUCCAUGCCAGAUUAAGGUUUAAGAUGCUCCACAAGUUCAAAAUCCAGCUUCUAUGUCUAGGUAGGAUUAAAAGAAGAAACAUUGACGUUGGACUUGUUUAUUGUAAAUGUUAGUACGGUAAGAUCCAUGUCGAUAAUUUUAACUCCUACCCUUAACCGAUCUUGAAUGGAGGAAAUAUUAAUGGUAGAAACAAUGACUCUGUUUUUCAGGGUAAAA